AAACGUAUUUUUCCUCAGUCGAGUCAGCAGUUUUCAAGCAACUGCGUCUGGCUGUGUUUCUUGUUACAAAUUGUUUAUAAUUUCAAGUGCUGCGUAAAUCGAUUAAAAUAAAAAUAUAUUAAAUAGUUUAUUAAUUUAAGGAAACACUAGCAGAGUCAUAGUGAUAGAAUGUACGGCAUUGAUAAUUAUCCAAAAAAUUAUCAUGCCAGUGGCAUUGGCCUUGUCAAUUUGGCAGCCCUGGGCUACAGUAAGAAUGAAGUCAGCGAUAAUGCGCAGAGCAAACCGAAAUCGGGCUUGUAUCCCUCGUUGCCGUACCCUUCAUCGGAAUCCGUGGGUGGCAUGCCAUAUGUGGUAAAGCAAACGGUGCAGGCACAGAAUGCUGCGUAUCAGGGUGCCAGUAUGGGCAUGCCACCGUCAUCGGCGACGCCGUAUCCGAGUUCCGGCUUAUACCCGAACUUGCCAUCUGCUCCGUUGCCGUAUCCAUCGACGCCGUUGGCGCCCAUACCGAGUGCUUCACCGUAUCCGAGUGCCACGCCGUAUCCCAGUGCUACGCCCUAUCCCAGUGCAACACCGUAUCCCAGUGCCACGCCCUAUCCGAGUGCCACGCCUUAUCCCAGUGCAGGAUAUCCAUCGUUGCCAUAUCCCACUGGCGGGGGAAUGGGUAUGCCGGGCAUGCCCAUGCCAUAUGCGCCACUGCCCAGCAGUCCGGCACCACAGGGCUAUCCAUCGAUGCCAAUGCCAUCGGCACCAGCGGCCAGUGCACCCACCCAAGAGGAAGAGCCCUCCGUGGGCAUUACGGAGUUGCAGUUCACGAGCGUCAAAGUGCCGGAGAAUCAGAACAUGUUCUGGAUGGGACGCAAGGCGACGAGCACGCGCCAGAAGAGCAUCCAGGGUGAGGACUUUUCCACACUACGGGAAUCCUGUGUGGGCAAUGGCACCUUGUUUGAGGAUCCCGAUUUUCCGGCCAACGAUGCCUCGUUGAUGUUCUCCCGGCGUCCAGAUCGCUACAUCGAAUGGUUGCGUCCCGGCGACAUUGUCGACGAUCCGCAAUUCUUUGUCGAGGGCUAUUCCCGGUUCGAUGUGCAGCAGGGAGAACUGGGCGACUGUUGGUUGUUGGCCGCAGCGGCAAAUCUAACGCAGGACUCGAAGCUAUUCUUCCGUGUGAUACCGCCGGAUCAGGACUUCCAGGAGAACUAUGCGGGCAUAUUCCAUUUCAAGUUCUGGCAAUACGGCAAAUGGGUUGAGGUCGUCAUCGAUGAUCGGCUGCCCACAUACAACGGCGAGCUGAUCUACAUGCACUCCACGGAGAAGAAUGAGUUCUGGAGUGCGCUGCUGGAGAAGGCAUACGCCAAGUUACAUGGCUCCUAUGAGGCUCUGAAGGGUGGCACCACUUGCGAGGCCAUGGAGGACUUUACGGGCGGCGUCACCGAGUGGUACGACAUCAAGGAGGCGCCUCCAAAUCUCUUCAGCAUUAUGACCAAGGCAGCGGAGCGUGGCUCCAUGAUGGGUUGCUCCCUGGAGCCGGAUCCGCAUGUGCUGGAGGCAGAGACGCGCGAGGGAUUGAUUCGUGGACAUGCCUACUCCAUUACCAAGGUCUGUCUGCUGGACAUUUCGACGCCCAAUCGACAGGGCAAGCUGCCCAUGAUACGCAUGAGGAAUCCCUGGGGUAACGAUGCCGAGUGGAGUGGUCCCUGGAGCGACAGUUCACCCGAGUGGCGCUUCAUACCGGAGCACCAGAAGGAGGAGAUUGGCUUGAAUUUCGAUCGCGAUGGCGAAUUCUGGAUGUCGUUCCAAGACUUCCUCAAUCAUUUUGAUCGUGUGGAGAUUUGCAAUCUGUCGCCGGAUUCGUUGACCGAGGAACAGGAGCACAGUUCGCGUCGCAAGUGGGAGAUGUCCAUGUUCGAGGGUGAAUGGACAUCGGGCGUUACAGCGGGAGGAUGUCGUAAUUUCCUGGAAACCUUUUGGCACAAUCCACAGUAUAUUAUCACGCUGGAGGAUCCGGAUGAGGAGGACGACGACGGCAAGUGCACGGUGAUUGUGGCUCUCAUGCAGAAGAAUCGUCGCAGCAAGCGCAACGUGGGCAUCGAUUGCCUGACCAUUGGAUUUGCCAUUUAUCAUCUGACGGAUCGCGACAUGGAGUCGAAACCGCAGGGUAUCAAUUUCUUCAAGUAUCGCGCCUCAGUUGCCCGCUCUCCGCAUUUCAUAAACACACGUGAGGUCUGUGCUCGCUUCAAGCUGCCUCCUGGACACUAUUUGAUUGUGCCCUCGACGUUUGAUCCCAACGAGGAGGGCGAGUUCAUCAUACGCGUCUUCUCCGAGACAAUGAACAACAUGGAGGAGAACGACGAUGAGGUGGGCUUCGGCGAGACAGAUGAUCGCAUUGCGCCUGCUCUGCCACCACCCACGCCCAAAGAGGAGGACGAUCCUCAACGCAUUGCCCUCAAGCGUCUCUUUGACAGCGUUGCAGGCGAUGAUGAGGAGGUGGAUUGGCAGGAGCUGAAACGCAUACUGGAUCACUCGAUGCGCGAUGUUAUGGUGGGCACCGAGGGCUUCUCCAAGGAUGCCGUGCGCUCCAUGGUCGCCAUGCUCGACAAGGAUCGCUCCGGACGUCUUGGAUUCGAUGAGUUUGAAGCUCUGCUUACGGACAUUGCCAAGUGGCGUGCCGUCUUCAAGUUGUACGACACUCGUCGCUCCGGCAGCAUCGAUGGCUUCCAUCUGCGCGGUGCUCUCAACUCGGCAGGUUAUCAUCUGAACAAUCGCCUGCUCAAUGCCCUGGCCCAUCGUUAUGGUUCUCGGGAGGGCAAGGUGCCCUUCGAUGACUUCCUCAUGUGCGCCAUCAAGGUGAAGACCUUCAUUGAGAUGUUCCGCGAACGAGACACUGAUAAUUCCGAUACGGCAUUCUUUAACCUGGAUGAUUGGCUGGAACGCACCAUUUACUCGUAAAGAGAACAGAAUAGGAAAAGGAGGAGAAGGACAAAGUUCAUAUAUGAUCAAAUUUAUACUAAUCUAAUCCUAAGUGCCACGUUUACUUAUGAUGCGCAUGCAUUGAUGAUGAUGAUUAUCAACUAACAGCUCCAACUACAGUAUACACACAUCCAAAACGGAAAUACAAUUUCAUGUGUGUACAUAAAUUGAAUUAACCUUGAAGCACUCGACGAUAUGAGCGAAUAAAAACCAGAAAAUCAACAGAACUUUUGCCGGCAAGCGAGCUGUGUACACAACCGUAUAUAGUAUAUAUAGUGUGUAUAUACUACUGUCUGUCCAAAAUGACUAAUGGCUAAAUUGCUUUGGGCCCCAUUCAUACCACACACUUACAUAUACAGACAUUCUAUGCUUUUUUGACAAUAGCCAAAAAGCCGACAGUACAAAAUGAAAUGUGCAUUAUUAAAUAAAUAAAGAAAUAAACAAUUAGUUAACCAGAACUAUAUAUAGCAAAAAUGUAUAGUGUUUCCAGAUGUACACUAUAAACUACAUAUAUCGGCAAUCUCUAUUUA